UGGUGGUUUCUUACAACACUCAUACACAGGCUCACAAAGGCUUCAUUUUCAGAACCUUAACUUCCACCGAACGUUGGCACACUUCCACUCUUAAUCUCUCUCUCACACACACGCGCGCAUUCAAAGGCAUAUGCGCGAAUGCACUCAACCAGAAUCAGUUAUUUCUGAGCUUUUCUCUUCCUCUGCGACACUGUGAACAGACCGCUGCUGGAUAUAAUGUGAUCUACUGCAGAGGACACACACAGAAGAGUACUCGGCAUCCAAUUCUUCACUGACCGAAGCGCAAGAUGAAUUCCACAUUAAACGGGACCACACCAUCUCCAAACCAAAGUUCAACAACGAUCAAAACCUCAGAUUCAAAGAAAUAUGAAGAGUACCACACAGCCCUCUUGGUCAUCUACACUGUGGUCCUGAUCAGUGGUACAAUUAGCCUUACCCUGAUGAUGCGCAUCAUGAAAUCCACCACAACUUCCACCAUGUCAAUUGCCGUACUCAACCUGAUCUUCACCCACUUCAUCUUCCUGCUAACGGUUCCCUUCAGAAUCUACUAUUACGCAGUUCAUACAUGGAAGAUGGGCAAUGAAUGGUGUAAAAUAACCAGCAGCAUGAUCCACAUCCACAUGUACAUGUCUUUUGCUCUGUAUGUGAUUAUCCUCAUCACCCGUCUGUUGACGUUCUACAAGAAAGCUUGCCAGGUGGCGUCCUUUCACAGGAUGCAUGCGAUCCUUAUCAGUUUUCUGGUGUGGAUUAUUGUGCUGAUCACUGUCCCUUGCAUCAUCCAUUUUAAUUAUGGCAAAGACAAUAACGAUAAUGAUAAUGACACUCAGUGCUUCCAGUUUGGAAAAUCUAUAGAAUCUGCUCUGCCUUUGAACUACACGAUAAGCAUAUUGAUUAUAGUCAUUGCCAUUGCGUUGACAGCCUUCCAAGCCAAUGUCCUCUGGGUUUUAUACAAGAAGCAUCGGGAGGGAUGCACCUUUCAGCAGGAGUUCGGAGCUCAGCUGAAGAGCCUGUGCUUUGCGCUAAUCAUGGUCGUCUGCUUCAUUCCCUACCACAUUUUUCGACUGUCCUAUUUAAACAAUGUAGAUAGAUUAGAGGGUACAAAUGAAAUAUUUUUGAGCAUAACCACUUUUAACUGUUUGGACAUGCUUACUUUCCUGGGGAGGAGGUCCUGUAACAUAUGCUUUGUAGGAAAAGCUGCUUAAAAGCUGCUGGUACUGUGUUUGCUUCACUUUUUUUUAUGCCUGUCAGGGCUCUGGUACAGUUCCAUAAAUGUAAACAAUUUAAUCUUAUUGCUUUUGAAGUGUUCGAAAUAGAAUAAAAAAUUAUUAAAAAACAAAAUUUAUCAUAAAAAUUGCACAUGACUGUGCAGACAACUCCGAAUGACGCAUAAACAGUGGUUCUGAUUAUAAGCUUAGGUUCAACUUUCAGUUUCUAACCUUAGUCAGACAAAACAUUCCCUUAGUGGCUUAUUUGGCUUCGAGUAUUUCAGAUUACUUUACAUUUGAACAUAUUUUAAUAUAUACAGAGUUUCAAAAAAUAAAACUGACAGACCCCUGACGAUGUCCUUAGUUAUGCUUUAGCAGUUUUACAAUUUUAGAACCAUUGACUGACACACACACACACACACACACACACACACACACACACACACACACACACACA